CGUCCCUUUGGCCACGCCGCGUCCCGCUCGCAACCCCGCAGCCCCUCUGCCCCGGCCGCCCCGAGCCCCUCCGCGCCCUCUUCAUCUCUCUUCGCACCGGACGAUGCCGCCGCUGGGCUCCCGAGGGCCGCUGCCGCCCUUGCUGCUGCUGUGGGCGCUGGCGGCCUGCGCGGCGCGGGCCUCCGAGAUCACGUUCGAGCUGCCCGACAACGCCAAGCAGUGCUUCUACGAGGAGAUCGCCCAGGGAACCAAGUGCACCCUCGAGUUCCAGGUGAUCACUGGAGGUCAUUAUGAUGUUGACUGUCGGUUGGAAGAUCCAGAUGGCAUUGUACUGUACAAAGAGAUGAAGAAACAAUAUGAUAGCUUCACGUUUACUGCAUCCAGAAAUGGAACAUACAAGUUCUGCUUCAGCAAUGAGUUCUCUACUUUCACACACAAAACUGUGUACUUCGAUUUCCAGGUUGGAGAAGAUCCACCACUGUUUCCUAGUGAGAACAGAGUAACCGCACUUACACAGAUGGAGUCUGCAUGUGUUUCAAUUCACGAAGCUUUGAAGUCUGUUAUCGAUUAUCAGACUCACUUCCGCUUGAGGGAAGCGCAGGGCCGCAGCAGAGCAGAGGAUUUAAACACAAGGGUGGCCUACUGGUCAAUAGGGGAAGCGAUCAUUCUUCUUGUUGUUAGUAUCGGGCAGGUAUUUCUCCUUAAGAGCUUCUUCUCAGAUAAAAGAACCACGACAACGCGCGUUGGAUCGUAACCAGUAGCAGCAGUGCUUCAGGUGUGUUACUCACAUAGCGGUUCUCCAAUUAACUGUAGGUACUGAGGUCUGAAUUUAUGCAACAUUCAAAUGUGUAUACUCCUCAUCUCUUAAAAAUCACAAAACACACUCAAAAAGUUACAAAAGGGACACAUAAAUUGAAAUAUUUUUAAAGAUCCUCUGGAACUCAAGUGUUUCAAUGCCUAUAUUAAAAUAUCUGGCAGUGUCUAGUCUCUUUAUUUCUGCUGAUACUAAUCCAAACCAAGUUUGAUUUUUACCACUCCAAUUAGUCAUCUGCAAUGUAAAACUUUAAAAUGAGCCAACAGUUUAGUGUCUGAUAUGAGAGAUGAUAUAUAUGAAAAUCUCAUUUCAUUUUAAUUUUCAGGCUGAAUAUCUUGGAUUAUAAAAAAGAAAAUGUGAUUAACUGUAGUGCACUGUUUUAAUUUGCUGUUUUAAAAAAAUGCAAUCAUACCCCUUGCUUAUUUGUAAAACUGUUGAAAGCUUGGCACUACAUUGUGGUGCACAUUCUUUAUCAGUCUGGACUGUCUUCAUCCUCAGAACUUUCUGAAUUUUAUACUACAUUAUGAUUGCUUAAACAUACAUUCUUCUGUAUUAAAAUGAAUUUUCUCUUUUGCAGUGUUUGUUUUACUGACGAAAUUGUAAGCUGAGAGUACUCAGGAAACUACUUCUGCAUACAAAAAAAAAAAUCCGAAUUUCCAAGUUUAUGUAAAAAACAUGCCGUAGGAUAGGGAGUCUUCUAACUUUGUCAUUGAACCUGUGCAGUACUCACACACGCUGCUGCUGCUGCUUUUUGGAUUUAAGACCAGAAGUAGCUUGGUUUGUUAAGCAGCACAGCACCAGCACUGGAUGAGGUUGUAUUAUGUGUUAGGCACGUACAAAACUUUUUAUUAAAUUCUUUUUCUAGGAAGAGGGCAAUUUGAUAUUGAUACUGCAUUGCACAAGUGCUGUAAAUACUCCUCUCUGUGGUGCACUGAGACAUGACAGCCUUGUGCAUCUAAUUGCCACUCUAUUUUGUUAGUGGUCAGGAAAUGUUUUAAAUAUUUCAGGUUAUCUUUUUGUAGAGUUAUUAGAGUUAAAUUGUUUUCACUGCUCAUGACAUGUCUUUUCAGUAGCUUAUGUACUGUAAAAUUCUGUUUUAUCUGGUUGUGGAAGGUAGUAAAUAUAUGUACAUGCCCAUAGCUUGAAUUGAGCUGGUCACAGUAAGGUUAAACUCCUUCAAAUGGCUCUGGAAAAAAAAGUAGGCUAACCAAUUCUUAAAUGCACACAAAAUAAACUAAAG